CACUCUGCCGGACUCGGCAUGGACGAGAAAGCCACCAUGCAGGUGCUGGCCAAGCGCUACCCCAAGAACUGCCUGCUGACCGUCAUGGACCGGUACCUGGCCGUGGCUCGCAACAUGGAGCAGGUGGUGAUGAUCCCCAGCCUGCUGCGGGAUGUGCAGCUGAGUGCACAUGGGUGCCAGGCCCAGUCGGGGGCCCCCGAUUUCUACAACUACUUCACCAUGCUCAAGGCCAUCCGUGUGGCUGUGGACCAUGGGCUGCUGCCCCGGGAGGAGUGGCAGGCCAAGGUGGCGGAUGGCAAAAACGAUGGGGCUGAGAAUGAAGCUGCAGAGACUGAAGAGACCAAGGAGGAGAGGCUCUUGGGGCAGCUGGACCUAGAAGCCCAGUUCCACCUGCAUUUCUCCAGCCUUCAUCACAUUCUUACCCAUCUUACCCUGAAAGCUGAGGAGGUGACGAGGAAAUACCUGGAGAUAAUGGGACAGGCCAUGUAGCCUCGGACUCUAGGCAAGCUUACUCUACACGACGGAAGGCAGACUCUGUGAUUUGGACAUGGAGCAGUUUGCUAGCUGGAGGAAAAGACCAGAAAGACUGGACCUGCAGCUGCAAGUGCUGUUGGGAAUGCUUCCUUCCCUUCCUCUGAGAACCAAUCCAUGGACCCAUGGGUCGCCUUUAGAAUGCUUAUUGUAAUUCACAACUCUCUUACCCACUUGGGGGCGGUAGGCAGGGAUUCAGGAGGGACCAGAUGUUACCUGGCCAGUGGGGUACCGUAGAAAGAGAAGUUAUAGCACCUGACUAACUGAAGUCACAUGCCUCCUCUUGGCAGUCAUUCACUGUGAUUUUAUUUAACUCGUAGUGAAUUUUCUCGUCUAUAAAUGAGAUGGUAUUACCGACCUCAUAAAGUUACAAAAAUUAAAUUUGAUGAAUCAAAAGCAUUUAGGAUGUGAGAGCUGUUACUAUUGGUGAGUUGUUUUCUCCCACUCUCACCUUGUAUUUGC